UUUUUUGCGAAAUAUUUCCUGUUUAAACCCCAUUAUAAAUACUCUCACCAGACAUCACCCUCUGAGUUUUGCCUGGACUGACUCACAGGAACAACAAUUAUCAGAAUCACAGAUAAUCUUGAAGGAAAAUGGAAGUCCUCUACAAUCAAACUUCAGAAUAUUUCAACUCCACAAUGGUUGAAUACUUGCAUUCGCGUAUGGAUGGGGUGAUUUGGGCAAUAUCUUGCAUUGCUUUCCCUAUAGUCUGUGCAGCGAUAUAUGGCUUGUCCUGUCUGACCACAUCUGACCACCACGUUUCAUCCAUCUGUGUCAUAAAUCUUCUUCUCUCUGAUAUGUUGCAAAUCUGUUCAAAGCCAGUCUGGCACUUAAUACCCAUAUCAAGUGUAAUGCAUUUGGUUCUCUAUGCAGUGUAUUCAAUUGGUCUGAUGGCUAGCAUAUGCUUUAUGUUGUGCAUCGCUGCAGAGAGGUACGUUUUGAUUGUUUAUCCUCUUUGGUACCGCCGGAACCGCACCAAAAACAAGUCCAUAUUGGCGGUUUUGUUGGUAUGGAUAAUGGCUCCCGUUGUCAUACUAAUAAUAUCGUUGGCUCUCAUCAGUGGAGCAGUUGAUCACGGAGUCCUGUAUCCAAGCUUCAUCGUGUUUUACCUUCUACCAUACCCCCCAAUCAUAUUUUUCACUGUGGGAACGUGGCGUGCUCUGUCCUGUACCAAAUCAGUGCCGCCACAGGAGCAGAAAAGGAUCAUGGGAACUCUGGUCCUAGUUCUGGUCAUCUACACAUUCUUCUUUCUGCCUUUCGUCAUCCUGAUGCUGGCUUUGGCCAUUUCACCCAACCUCCUCAAUGACCCGCGCGUGCAGACUUAUGGUUCUCUGGUGGACAUUCUCCUGUCCUUGAACCCCAUAGUGGAUCCCUUUCUCUACGUGGUCAUGAGGAGAGAUGCGAAGGAGAUGCUGACCAACAUGGUCUGCUGCUGUAAGAAAAGGAGAAAGACUGACACAGAGACCUCACUAACACUUUAG